AUGGGUAAGAGCAAAAGUACUGGAAGAACAAGGCUGGAUAAGUAUUAUAAUCUUGCAAAGGAAAAGGGCUACAGAGCAAGAUCUGCAUUCAAACUCCUUCAAAUUAAUAGGAAGUAUGCAUUCCUUGAGAAAGCACAUGUGCUCAUCGACCUGUGUGCAGCUCCGGGGUCGUGGUGCCAAGUUGCAGCUCAGGAAAUGCCUCUAAGAAGGAAGAUAGUUGCAGUUGAUUUGGAGCCGAUAAAGUUCAUGGGGGAUGUCGACACGAUCACAGCAGACAUAACCUCAGAUGAGUGCAGGCUUAGACUACGGGAGAUACUUGGAACACACAAGGCAGAUGUUGUACUCCACGAUGGAGCACCAAAUGUGGGAACGUCAUGGGAAAAUGAUGCAUUUAAUCAGAAUCUCCUUGUAUUGCAUUCAGCCAGGCUCACAGCGGAGUUUCUAAAGAAGGGCGGUGUAUUUGUUACAAAAGUGUUCCGAUCCCAGGAUUACUUUUCAUUGCUGAAUAUAUUGUCGCAGCUUUUUGAGACUGUUGAGACCUCGAAGCCGCUCAGCUCUAGAAGCCAAAGUGCAGAAAUAUUUCUUGUGUGCCUUGGGUUUAUUGGAGAAGAGGAGGUAGACUACUCGAUUCUGGAUCCUUCUGCAGUCUUUACGGAAAUGAAGGAGACAGGAGGGUAUGAGGAUUUCAACUUCCACAAGAAACUGAAGCUUACAGAGUUCCUGAAGGAGGAGAAUCCCGAAAUUUUGUCUGAGAUGCUUUUAAAGUAUUCGGAGAUUGUAGUUGAUAUAGAUGAAAAAGACAUAGAGAAGAUCUUGGAGCCUGAGUUUCUGUAUCUGUUUAAGGAUCUCCAAUUACUAGGAAAGGGAGAAGUCAGAAAGAUUCUAGCCAAGAGGAAGAAGAUCAUUCGGGCAGUGCGGAAAGGAGAUGUUGACAUUCCAGCACUGGACUUCCUUGGAAGAAAUGAAGAAGAGGAGAUUGAGAUGAAAGAAAAGAGUGUUGAGGAGAAGAUAGAGGAGAUAGAGAUGCUUCUUGAAAAGAAAAAAAAACAGUCCCGCCGUGAAGAGUGCAAGACAAAGAAUGAACAACCAGCCGAGUGUUUUUUUAAGGACUCAGUGUUUGAUAAGCUGAAUAUUAUAAGUGAUAAUGAAGAGGAAUUGGAAGAAAGUCCGGAGCAGGAUAUUGAAGUGAGCAGUUGUUCGGACAGUCUAGAUCUCGAUGAAGAAGAGCUUAUGUGUAUUGCAAAACUUAAGGAGGAUCCCGAGGGGUUUGUGGAGGAUACCAUUGACAGAUACAUCCGUGAUCCCAAUGAAAAGCUUCCAAACUAUCUUCGUGAGGACCAAGAAGCCUUUUUUUCAAGGCCUUCAAAAGCCGAGGAAAGAAGGCUCACAAAAAAGGAAAAAGAGGCACUUAGCAGACGUAAGACAAGGGCUGAGAGGAGAGCUGAAAUGUUUAUGAAAGAUCUGGUAAUAGAUGAUUCUGAAGAAGAGGGCAAGGUAGCAAAGAAGAUUUAUAAGUCAUCCUUUAAGAAGACAAAGACUAAGCCGAGAGUUGUGUUCCCUAAGAAGGGAAGAUGUGGAGUCCCGCGAGGGAAGGGGAGAGUUGUGAUGCUGGAUAGAAGGCUAAAGAAGGACAAAAGAAAAGGAAAGGCCUGA